AUGGAUGAAGAAGGAUCAAGGGGAAGGGCCAAGGAUGACGCCGGAGAUGUCCGGUAUCGAGGCGUGCGCCGGCGGCCAUGGGGGAAGUUUGCGGCUGAGAUUCGUGACUCGACAAGGCAGGGUCAGAGGGUGUGGCUAGGAACUUUCAACACGGCGGAGGAAGCAGCCAGAGCCUAUGACAGAGCUGCUUAUAACAUGAGAGGUGCAUUUGCAAUCCUUAACUUCCCAAAUGAAUACCCUAGUGGUAGUGGCAGUGCUGCCUCUCGUUCCUCUGCUGCUGCUUCACCAUCAUCAUCAUCUUCUUCCUCUGCUUCAAGGAAUGCAAAUGAGCAAGGAAGACAAGUGUUUGAGUUCGAGUACUUUGAUGACAAUUUGUUAGAGGAGCUUCUUGAUUGUGAAGAAAAAAAGAAAAAGGGAACUUGAAAGGUAGUACUCCUAUAUAAUGUUACUCUAAGAUAACGUUACAAGUUUUAUAUUGAUUAAGCAUGUAAUUCUAAUGCAU